GAACUAUACUAAAAGAGCAGGAGACAUCAGAAAGCUGGAAAGGAAUGAAUAAUAAAAACUUGGGACUGCUCACAGCCCCGACACAGCUGGACCAUGAUUGGUCAUCAAGUAGAAACAAUGCACAGGAGACCAAUCCGAGGUGCCCCUGUUGCUAAACCAUCUCCAGCCCAUGCUCCACAGCCAGCAGAUCGUUAUUGGUCCCAUUUCUUUUCUGAGGCUUCUCAGGAGAAAAAUCCCAGCGAAAGGAUUUCCAUCAAUCACGUCAGUGCCAGGGGAUGGCACAGGCAGCACCGGCUGGCCGAGGUCACUGUGUCAUCCCUGCCAGCCCGGGUGUCACAGCAAGGAGGAGAGUUCACCCUGUGCUCACACAGCCCUGCCAAGGGACUGGCUGCCAAAACAGAGCCGUGCCAUGCAUGCCAGCGUCUGCAUGGCAGAGAGGGGACAUGAAAAGCCACUGAGGUCAGACUGCCACCUCCUCCCUGAGCUCUGCCCUGCAGGCCGGGUCACGGGCAGCCACUUUGGGAAGGCUGCAUUUGCAACUCUCAUUGCAACUGCUUCAUGACACCCCUGGCCAUCAUCAAAAUCCUCCUGCCUGACUGUCCCAUGGACAGGACUGAACCCCAGUCCCGGGACGGACCGUACCCAAACUUUGGUGAUGAACGUCACCUCGCUGACCGACCGGGACCGAGGGGAAAAACCCCAGCCGGGGGGUGGGGGGGUGGAAAACCCAGCUGGGGAUUUUUUAUUCUACAUUUAAAAAUGAGUUGAAAAACCUGAAAAGCAAAAGUCACGAACACAAGGCUAAAACCGGUCAGCAUGCACUCAGACAUGCAGAGAUGAGCGGACGCAGACAGACACAGUCACACGCUGUCACACACACACGCUCUUCAGCUUACACGCUCACUGCAGCCCUUACUUGAGACACUGAAGAACAUGCUUCAACACAUCUUCUGGCUGCCGCUUCUUGUUGUCAAAUGGUAGAUUCUGGGAAAUUCGGUAGCCUUGGGGACGUGUGAGACAACAGGAGGCAGUCAGCACGUGGCUAUCUGACAGCUAGGACGUGUCCCCACUCUGGGCUCAUAAAUUUUCUACCCAAAAUCCGAUAGAACACAGAUGAACAGUAAAGUUUUUAUAACUGCUCUACCUAACUGUGACUACGUGCCAGGGCAGGGCAGCGCCGAUCAUAAGUGGCACAAUAUAAGUACCACAAUAUAAGCCAACACAGGUACAUACAGUAUAAGCACACACUGUAAACCAACAUAAUUACAUACGAUAUAAGUACAUAAAACAUAAACCAACAUAAUUACAUGCAAUAUAAGUACAUAAAAUAUAAACCAACAUAAUUACAUGCAACAUAAUUACAUACAAUAUAAGCCAACAUAGGCACAUACAAUAUAAGCCAACAUUUGAGGAAAUAACAUAAAAAAUUAGAGGUACCCAUUGCAAGCAUAUGUAUAAGCUGUCUUUAUUUAAAGAUCCACUUUAAUGGACAUUUUGUGGAACCACUCUGAGGGCGAGGUCCAAAAAGCUUCGUUAACCCCUUGUCUUCCGCUGGUCGGGCAGCAUCUGACCCCAAUGCUCAAGGGCUGCAUGGAGAUUCCUCCCUGGAGUGGGCUCACCCCUUGAGGAUGAGCCACAAAGAUUUGAUUGUUGGACCGAGUGAGUAACUAUUUCUACUUAGUAAUUGUUUUUGCUGGCUUUAAUGCCAUGGCUGCAGUGUUCCUUCAGAUGUCGUGCCCUGCUCCAGCAGUUACAGCUCCUGUGCUGGGCAGGGAAUGCUUCUGGGGAAGGGCUUUCAGUCUCAUUAGUUCCCAUUUAAAUCAAUCAAGCUAUAUCUAAGUACUGGUGGCCGAAGGUUUUACCACUUGCCUCUGAUUCAUCUGGCAUUGGCCGGAGGUUUGUGGGAGCUGGUGGGCUGUUCUACUCCUCAUUAUUUCCCAAACAGAAUUUGGCUAAGUAGAAGAGGCGCAGAUGAUGCCUGCAAUUUUGUGACAUGCAGAAACAGCCUGUCACUGGAGAGUCCCAGACCUUUGCUUCCAUAGCCUCUGCAGGUCUGGCACAUGGAAAGCCCAGAGGCACUGAAGUAUCCCACUCAAGCAGCCAAAUGUUAACAACCUCUCCAAAGCCUAAUUUCCCUUUGAUAUAGACUUAAUUGUUUGCGUCACCUACUGGGCUGGGGGAGGACUAUAAAAUGGCUUGCAACGAUUGUCUGAGGCAGAAGAGAGUCCAGGAGCAGCUCCCUCUACCAGAGUUCCUAUCUCAGCACUAGUGACAAGCUGAGCAUCAUGCAGCUGGUGGCCAGCCUGGUGUCCGUGCUGCUGCUGGUGUGGAGUGUGAGAGCCACGACGCUGCCCGGGGAAGAGAGACUGCAGAGCACCCGGGAACGGAGCACAGUCCGCAAGGACGUCAUUCUGAAGAUGCUGGCAGGGCUGCUGGACGGCGUGGAUGCGGGCAGUGAGGCAGCCUUGCCGGACAUGCAGGAGGAGGGCAAGCUGCAGGAGGACCGGGCCGCGCUGGGGCGGCUCGCGCAGCUCCCGCAGCGAGACCGCAAGGCGCCCUGCAAGAACUUCUUCUGGAAAACCUUCACCUCCUGCUAGUGCUGCCCAGCCUGGCCUCGCCAGCCUGCAAACGCCUUCCCACAGCUCAUCUUCCUUGCACCCCUAGCUCCUUCUCCGCGCCCUGCACGCCUCAGAAUAAAGCAUAGCGCCUCGGGGA